UUAGGGUUUUAGAAGGAAGCAAUGCUCCAGCAGCGGGUGAAUGCGCUCACGGGGGAGAGCGAAUGGAUUCUCGUUGGCGAUGGAGGCGACGGCGGCGAUGCGAGCGAUCCCCUGGCAGAGAGCUCGUAUCUUGACAUGCUGAAUGAUCGCGCCAGGAACAGGGCAUUCUCUUCAGCAAUCGCGAAGGUCGGCCGCCAUGGCCAUGUCCUGGACAUUGGUGCUCAUGGCUUGGCGGGCAAUGGAAGAGCAGUGCCAGGUGACUGCUUGCGAAUCUUUUCUUCCAAUGUACAAGCUGGCUCGCAAAGUUUGCCGAGACAAUGGGACGAUGGGAGCGAUCAAGCUGCUCCAUAUGCGCUCGGAUGAGAUCAAAGUCGGGGUGGACAUCUCUAGCAAAGCCGAUGCAUUGGUGUGUGAGAUUUUAGACUCGGAGUUGCUUGGAGAAGGGAUCAUUCCAAGUCCAAGGCACGCUCAUGAGCAUUUACUCCGGCCUAAUGCUGCCACAGUGCCAUAUCGAGCUACUGUGUAUGCCCAGCUAGUCGAGAGCGACUUUCUCUGGAGAUUGCACGACCUUCAAGGGGUAGAAGACCAGCUGCAGGACGGAUUGGCUUUCGCUCCCAAUGAUUUCUACUCUUACUUCAAGCACAGACAGCAUGCGUUUCACGUUGAUGAAAUCCCCGCUUUCCGAGCCGUUUGAGGCCUUCGUUCUUGACUUCUAUAGAGCUCCAGAUGUGCGUGGAGAAUUUAAUCAAGCCGUGCAUGUCAACUUC